AAGAUGAUGAAAUACAGACUCAGAUUCGGUACAAACCAAAGUGUGAGUGAGCGACAGCGCUUGUGUUUCUCUGGAGGAAACCAGCUUGCCAUAUCAAGACACAACACACUUCCUGUCCUGGAGGAGGGGGGGGUAGAGGGGUGAGGCCGGCAGUCAGUCUGAGUCAGUCUGUCAGCAGAACUACUGUGGAAGAGAAACCAGGACAAACUGAGAGAGACGAGAAAAUAUGUGGAAGAAGUGGGAGAAACAGCCGAGUGAAAACUAGACGAAAAGGAGAAACUGAAGGAGAAUAAAUCAGGACGGAGCUGCACGAAUCAGACGCUGCUGCUCAGAGGGAUCGACGUCUCUUUCAGUUGUCAGUCUGGUUGAACGAUUGGACACCUUAUUCAUCAGAGUGACGUCAUCAUAAGAGAAGAUGGAGUCUUGGUUCUGCUGGAUUUACUUUGUGAUCCUGUUAAGAAACAUUUCGGCUGACCCGGCUUCACCGCCAAGCUACAUUGUCCACCGCACCAACGUCAGCUUCGACAAGGCCGCCGAGGGCUGUUCCCCCGGCGUCCUCACCACUCUCACCACUGAGCAGGAGGUCGCAGACAUCCUGAAGCUCGUCUCUGAGCCGGCGUCACUUCGACAUCAGAACGAGUUCACCUUCUGGGUCGGACUGAGGAAAGUCAAGGAUGAGUGUGUCGUUUCCACGCUGCCACUCAGAGGAUUCAAGUGGACAGAGGACGGCAGCGAGGACACGCAGGUGAGCCAGUGGACAGAGGAACCACAGCACACCUGCACGACGGUUCGCUGUGCGGCACUAAAGGGGGAAUUCAACGGGUCGGCGGUGACCAGGUGGGGUCUGAUCCCUGUCACCUGUAAGAACAGUUACCAGUUCAUAUGUAAACUGAGAGACAGAGAGACUGGUGUUCGACCUGCUACACCAAAACCUGCUACACGUGAACCAAAACCAGCUACAACAGAACCACCUAAAUUUGCUACACCAAAACCACCUAAAUCUGCUACACCAGAACCACCUACACCUGCUAGACCAGAACCACCUACACCUGCUACAUCAGCUAAUCCUGAACCUAGACCUGCAACACACAAACCAGAACCAGCUAAACCUGAACCUAACCUUCCUGAACCAAAACCAGAAGCUGACCUGAAGCCUAAAACAGGAUCUGAACUGCAGGGAACUGAUCGUGAUCCUGAACCAGCACCGGGGUCAGACUCAUGUCAGCACCCCCACAUCCCUGAAGCCCGCUCCAUCAGUCUGGAUCGCGACAACAGCAGCAGGAUCCAGGUGGAGUGCUGGCCCACCGACCGGCUGGAACUCCACUGUUCAGGCCGUCCUGCCAUGUGGCGGAUGCUGGACGACUCCGCCGCCAACUUCACCACCGUCUGCCUGCCGUGUGGGAACGGCUUCCAGAAAGACGCUUCUGGAAACUGUGUGGACAUGGACGAGUGCAGCGGCGGCGCCACACCUUGCAGGCACACCUGCCUGAACACUGAGGGCUCCUACAGGUGUUUCUGCUCCGACGAGAAUGGGAAACAACAUGAGGAGGACUCCCCAGCGUGUGUGGAUACGGAAAGAAAUGGUAUGCUGAUCCCGCUGCUGGUCGCCGCUGCAGUGCUGGUGGUGCUGGUGGUGGUCAUCGCAGUGACCUUGAAGUGCUGCCUGAUGAGGCGGUCGAAGAAACUCGCCAUGAAGAGGGCGGAGAAGAUGGCGAUGAAGAGCAAAGAUGGCAAGGAUUCCUUCGAAACAGCCAAUGAGAAGGCAGCAACAUGAGGGAGCAGAGCUGUGAUUGGUCGUGUCUGGCAGUGACAUCAUCAAUGUGUCUCCAAAAUGACUCAAACUUUCCAGGAAGUUAGAGAAAGUUUCUUUUUCAGUUUAAAAUGCUUUCUCACAUCAGAUUUUCUGAAGUUAAAAUGUUUUUUUUCUGUUGCAGAAAUUCUUGUCUUCAGGUGAGUUUCUCUCAAGGUAACAGGAACUUACCUGGAGACAGGUGAAGUCUUUGAGUACUCAGCUUCAAUGUUGACUCAGACUUCCUGGAAAUAUCAGAAAAGAACAUUUAGAAACCUCUGCAUUUACUUUUUUUAAUAAAUCAAAAUUAUUUAUUGAUUAAAAAUUCUUAAUUAUGACAAUUAACAAAUAUAAACUAAGUAAUCUUUUCCAAAUAGUCAGUGUAAAUGUAUUAGUUUAAAUUGAGUGAUGAGAAGAGAUACCUAAAUUAAAUUAAAGGCUGGGUUAGGGUUAGGUUUAGGGCUAACCCUAACCCUAAACCUAACCCUAACCCUAACCCUAAACCCUAACCCUAACCCUAAACCUAACCCUAACCCUAACCCUAACCCAUAACCCUAACCCUAAACCUAACCCUAACCCUAAACCCUAACCCUAACCCCUGUCUGGAAACUCAACUGACUUUAUUCCUUUAUUAAAAUAAGAAAACUUGUUUUUACAUUUUCAUUAAUAAAGAUUCUUGUUGUUUUAAAUGAA